AUGGCUUCACAAAAGAAACAAUGUGUCAUUCCUUUUAAGCCAUCCAAUUCAAGUAAUCCGUUUAUAAGUCCGGGGUUUAGAUUUUCUAAUGAAAAGAUGAGGGAAGUCAUUGCCACUUCUAUUAUGGUACAUGAGUAUCCUUUUAGCAUUGUAGAAGACGAUGCUUUUAUAUGGUCAUUUCAGUAUGCGAACCCUGAAUUUCAGAAAGUUUCUCGUAAGACGAUACGAAGUGAUUGCAUAGCAAUAUAUGAAGCAGAAAGAAAAGCAUUGAAGGAAUUAUUAAAGAGUGUGAGCAAGAUUAGCUUGACAACAGAUAUGUGGAAAUCCAGUCAUCAAGUGAUUGAAUAUAUGGUAAUCACUGGUCAUUUUAUAGAUUCUGGGUGGAAGCUUCAGAAAAGGAUUUUAAGCUUUGUCAAGGUGCCUGCUCCAAGGCGAGGAAUUGAUGUAGCCAAUGCCAUUUUCAAAUGUUUGAAGGCUUGGGGGAUCGAAGAUAAAGUGUUCUCAGUAUCAGUUGACAAUGCUUCAUAUAAUGACUCGUGCUUGAGAGGGCUUAGUCGAAUCAAAGAUAUCAUCCAUAAUGUUCGUGAAAGUGUGAAGUAUGUAAACUUCAAUGAUUCAAGAUUGAAGAGUUUUGGUGAAGUAGUUGAACAAAAGCAUCUAAAAGAAAGGAAGUUGAUAAUUGAUUGUCCAACAAGGUGGAAUUCUACAUAUCACAUGUUAGCCGCUGCUUUAAAAUUCAAGAUUGUCUUCUCAGAAUACCAAGAAAGAGAACCUCAUUAUACAUUUGCACCUUCAAAUGAAGAUUGGGAGAAAGUCGAGAAAGUUUGUAAACUUUUAGAGGUUUUCAACUUAGCUACCAAUUUAAUAUCUGGAAGUGAAUAUCCUACUGCCAACUUGUAUCUUUCAGAGGUCUGGAAAGUGAAGCAAGUAAUUGAUGAUGCGACAAAGGAUGAUGAUCUUUUUAUGAUACAAAUGGCAACGCAAAUGAAAGAAAAGUUUGAUAAAUAUUGGGGUGAGUGCAAUCUAUUGAUGGCUGUUGCAAAUGUAUUGGAUCCGAGAGUUAAAUUUCAUGGUGUUGAAAUAUGUUUUCCAAUGAUAUACAAGUCUGAAGAAGUUGCUGCCGAGUAUGUGAACAAAGUGCGUGCUUCACUGCAACAACUAUAUAAUGAUUAUGUGGCCUUAAGUGUUGAAGAAUCAUCCUCAAGUCAGUGCAAUAUGGCUAACAUCUCCUCUGCCACCACCCAAUCUGAAUCUGCGAUAGUUACUGGGUUUGAUCAAAUUAUGAGUCUUGUAAGAGCAAAAGAAGCAAUUCCUGUAUCAAAAUCUGAAUUGGAUGCCUAUCUCGAGGACAGUGUUUAUAUUCCUGAUGGAAAUAUGUCUUCAUUUUGUGCCUUGGAGUGGUGGAGGAACAACAGCAUGAAAUAUAAAGUUUUAUCGAAGAUGGCUGCUGAUGUACUUGCGAUUCCAAUAUCAACGGUAGCUUCAGAGUCUACAUUUAGUGCUGGAGGUAGAAUUAUAGAUGAAUAUCGUUCAAGAUUGAAUGAAGAAUCUAUUGAGACACUAAUUUGUGGAGGAGAUUGGCUUCGACAUAAAUACAACUUGAAAAAAAAGAAGGUGAAUGAGUCUUUGAAGGAGAUAAGCUUAUAGAUUAAAGAAGUUCUUUAAUACUUUGGUUGCGAUUUAAUGGUUUCAGAAACUUUGGGGGAAUUUGCAAUUCUUGUGGCUUGUGGCCUGUGGGUGACGUG